AUGGCCCCAAAGAAGAAGGAAGAGCCGAAACCCGCAGCAGCAGCAGCAGCUCCCAAACCCCCAGAGCCCGAGCGCCCUAAGACCCCGAAGUUUGACCCGGCAACAGUAACGCUGGAAUUCACUCCGGAGCAAAUUGAGGACUUCAAAGAUUCUUUUCUGCUGUUCGACAGGACGCCGGCUAGUGAAAUGAAAAUCACUUACGCCCAGUGCGGGGAUCUGAUCCGGGCUCUGGGACAGAAUCCUACCAACACAGAAAUCAUGUACGUUCUUGGAAAGCCCAAGCCUGAAGACAUGCAGACCAAGAUGCUCGACUUUGACCAGUUUCUGCCUUUGCUCCAGCACAUUUGCAAGGCCAAGGACUGCGGGACAUAUGAGGACUUUGUGGAGGGUCUGAGGGUAUUCGACAAGGAGGGGAACGGCACAGUCAUGGGUGCCGAGCUCCGGCACGUUCUGGCAACACUGGGUGAGAAGCUGCGGGAGGACGAGGUGGAGCAGCUGAUGCAAAGCCAGGAGGAUGCGAAUGGAUGCAUCAAUUAUGAAGCUUUUGUGAAACACAUUAUGUCGUCUUGAAAAGGAUUUCAAGCGUAUUUCUUCACUCUGCAUGAAAUCAAUUUGACUAAUGAGUGUGUCUCUCCACCACAGAAGAGCUUGUAUAUUUCCACGCGU